UCAAAAAUCAUAUUACUCACCUCCGUUCGCUACAUCAGAAAAUAUGUUUUGGCAGUUAAAAUUCGAUCCGGAAUGCCAAGAGCAUCCAGAAUAUUGCUCGUUUUGGCUGGUAGCCUUGCCAAAUCCACAAGAAAAUGUUUCUACAGACUUAUGGAUAGGUAGAAGUGAAUAUUAUGCCACUUGUUUUAUUAAAAAUCCAAAUAAAGAAAUGGAAUUUGGUCAAUUAAAAAACUAUAAUAUUAGGUCUUGUCUUUAUGGGUUCGCAAAAUUUAUUGAAAAGAGUAAGCUUCCAAAAGAAGGCUAUCUAACUAUUGGUGUUCGAUUCAACAAGAUAAAAUUUUCAACUGAACGGUCCACUCAAUUAUUUCCUUCUCCUGAAUUUCCGCUCGAACUUAUAAAAGUAUGGAAAUCAGAAUGUAAUAAGAGCUCAAUUUCUGACGUACAAUUUAAUUUUCCAAAUCAUGAAAAUAAAAGUGUAUACGCUCGUAGUACCAUUCUUAAAGAACGAUCCGUAUACUUUAAAGCAAUGUUACAACAGGGUGUUUGGAAUGAAUCACAAAUAUCUGAGUCUGACGAUGAUGUUAGGAAAGAGGAAAAUAUAAUACCGGUGGAAAAAAUACCAGAGAAAACUACAGAAUGGCGUGAGAAAUUGUUGAAUAUUGGAAAAUUGGCAACUAAGUUUAAAUGGCAUAAAAAGAAGAAAGACUAUACAAUGAACAUGGAUAUAUCAUCAACCAUUAGCUCAAUUACUUCUAAUGUAUCAAUAACUUGCGUUGAUACCUCAUUAUCAACCUCCUCACCACAAGAAAAAAAGAAUCUCACGAUUAAUAUACCUUCGGCAAAUGACACCAUUGACACGUCUAUAACUGAUGAUAAACUUAAUAUAUCGCAAAAAACAAACACUAUAUCAGUGCCAACGCUAGCGCUACCACUACCACAAUCCCCCUUAACGCUUCAUUCUUCACAAUUAAUUGCACCGCAUUCAUCUACAACUACUCUCAACAUAUAUCCAUCCAUAGAAGUACAACCUUUCACUGACAAAACCGCGAAAAAAUACAUAAUUACUAUACCAGAUUUUCAUCCUGAUACUUUUAAAUACUUUCUUCGUUAUCUUUACACAAAUGAUAUCAAAUUUUAUUCAUCACCAAAUCACCAUCGCACACCUUGGGAUUUUUUUAAGAUAGCUGAUAAGUAUCUUGUAACUGAAUUGAGAGAUUUGGCAAAAGUAAGGAUAUUAAGAGAACUGACCCCGAAUAGUGCGGUAGAAAUGUUUUUUGGGAUUGAUUUAGUUUGGGAAGAUAUGAAAGAACUUUUAUUGAAGUAUUUGGUUAGGAAGUGGGAGUCUGUUAAAGUAUGUGAGAAUUGGAUUAAGAUUGAUGAAGAGCUUU